UUUGUUUCUUGGCGUGUAUAUGGUUAAAUGGCACAGGGUGGGGUUUGGGGAGGGGGCACCAGCUGCCACCUUUCCUUUAAAGAGCUGAAGGGAGGGAACAGCACCGAGGGAUCCCAUGUCACCAUUAGAUUAAGGAAUAAAUUGCAUGGAAAUACAGAUUUACCAAACAAAAACAUCGACAGAAAAAAAGGGAGGGGAACAAACGAACGGAAGAAAUAAGAGAGGCAGCUCAAGGAAUAACAUUUGUAGUCGUGCCCGGCAAGCUGCUUGUUCGGCAUAAAUCAAUUCAAACAGACAUCUCAGUCUGCAACUAAAGACCUGCUUUCGGUCUUCUUAACCCUGGACAACGGGAACGGGUGAUGACACGGAAGAAAGGAUGCUAAAACUGAGAAGAAAGGGAUAGACUGUUAAUGGAGUGAGUGCAUGAAGAUUUAAACAGAGAGAGAGAGAGGGAGAGGUGUUUCCCCGCUGCACGUUUCGCUUGGAUGAAUAGACUUGUUUCGUGUAGGGAAUAAAAGUAAAAGGUUAACACGAGCUUCAAGAAAUAGAAAUGCUUAUUUACCAGGAAAAUAUUUUUUGAUAUCAGACCUGUAAAACCUGUGUAAAUAACGAGAAUAAUUUAUUUGAGGAACAAGGAUAUCAGAGGUGCAACUUAGGUGAUUUAUUCUGUUUUUCGUAGGCUAGUCUUCUGUAUCACCAGAGGAACUGAACUACGCACUAUAGCACAGUUGCGUUGUUUUCAACUAGCAGGUGUUGUAGCGAGAAUAGCUUAUAUUGCAUUAUUCAUAACUGUAGCCAUUUUAUAAAAAAAAAAAAACUAAAUCUUAGGUUUCUGCACAGUCACUUGGACCUACGCCAAGAGGAUCCCUCAGUUCAGUCAGAAAACAGGCAAUUGCACGUAGCGUUUUUGUGCAGUUUGUGUGUUCAUGUGUGUGUGUUCAGUGACACGCACACUGCACGCACGCGAACAGAGCCAGACCCAAAGCGAGCUCCUCCUCCCCCCCUCCCCGCUCGGUUCUCUCUCCUCCUCUCCCUCCCCCUGCUCCUCUAUGCUCAGUUCGGUGUGUGUCUCCUCUUUCAAAGGGCGCAAGGGUGGGAACAAGUCGUCCAACAAAGCAUGUUACAGCGCAGACAUGACUUGUCCGUCAGACAGCGAGAAAAUAGUGAUAAACUGCGGGGGGAUUCGACACGAGACGUACCGCAGCACACUGAAGACGCUGCCUGGGACGCGCUUGUCCUGGCUCACGGAGCCAGAUGCGUUCAGUAACUUUGACUAUGACCCCAAAUCAGACGAGUUCUUCUUUGACCGCCACCCCAACACCUUUGCUUUCAUCCUCAACUAUUACCGCACAGGGAAGUUGCAUUGUCCCAACGAUGUCUGCGGUCCUCUCUUCGAGGAGGAGCUCGCGUUCUGGGGUAUCGACGAGACGGAUGUGGAGGCUUGCUGCUGGAUGAACUACCGACAGCAUCGGGACGCCGAGGAAGCGCUGGACAGCUUCGAAACGCCCGAACCGGAGCCGCCAGAGGACGACCCGGCGCUCACGGGUGGUGCGGACGGGGAUUUGAAGAGGUUGUGUCUGCAGGAGGAUGGCCGCAACCGCAGCUGGUGGAGUACCUGGCAGCCCCGCAUCUGGGCGCUGUUUGAGGACCCCUACUCCUCCAAAUACGCCAGGUAUGUGGCGUUCGGCUCACUCCUGUUCAUCCUCAUCUCCAUCUCAACAUUUUGCUUGGAGACACACGAGGCCUUCAACACCAUCUACAAUAAGACAGAGAACGUGACGGUGGGGAACGUCACACGGGAGGAGAUUGUGUUUGAGGUAGUGACUGACAACUGGCUGACCUACGUGGAGGGCAUGUGCGUCAUCUGGUUCACCAUCGAGGUGUUCGCCCGCGUCAUCUUCUGCCCGGACAAGGCGGAGUUCUUCAAGAGCUCGCUGAACAUCAUCGACUUUGUAGCCAUCCUGCCCUUUUACCUGGAGGUGGGGCUGAGCGGCCUCUCCUCGAAAGCCGCGAAAGACGUGCUGGGCUUUUUGCGCGUGGUGCGAUUCGUCCGAAUCCUGCGAAUCUUCAAGCUCACGCGUCAUUUCGUGGGGCUGAGAGUGCUGGGUCACACGCUCCGUGCCAGCACCAAUGAAUUCUUGCUCCUCAUCAUCUUCCUCGCUCUGGGGGUGCUCAUCUUCGCCACCAUGAUCUACUAUGCCGAGCGCAUCGGCGCCGACCCGGCCGACCCCACGGCGAGCGCCCACACCACCUUCAAAAACAUCCCCAUCGGCUUCUGGUGGGCAGUGGUCACAAUGACAACACUGGGCUAUGGUGACAUGUAUCCAGAGACAUGGUCUGGUAUGUUAGUGGGAGCCUUGUGUGCCCUGGCGGGCGUGCUGACCAUCGCCAUGCCUGUGCCCGUCAUUGUAAACAACUUCGGCAUGUACUACUCUCUGGCCAUGGCCAAGCAGAAGCUGCCCAAGAAGAAGAACAAGCACAUCCCUCGGGCUCCGCAGCCUGGAUCGCCCAACUACUGCAAGCCAGACGCCCUGGCCAUGGCAACUGCCUCACCGCACAGGAUCUUGGGUAAUGUGCUGGGCAGUAUGGUGGUCUCUGGAAGCAUGGCAGGAGACUGUCCUCUUGCACAGGAGGAAAUCAUAGAGAUUAACAGAGCAGACUCCAAACAGAAUGGAGAUGCUGCAAACGCAGCUCUGGCUAAUGAGGACUGUCCCACCAUAGAUCAGGUGCUGGGGCCAGAUGACAGGAGUCCGGCCACCGGUGGGCUGGGGACAUGCACGGGGCGUGAACGUUACCCCCACGAUAGGGCCUGCUUCCUUCUCAGUACCGGAGAGUUCCGCACCACAGACAGCAAUGUCAGGAAAGUGCUGAGCUUCUGAACUGCCACUUUUAUAAAGCUCCCCAACCGCAAAACCUGUCCGGAGGCAACCCCCAGGGUCACCGCAGGAUUAGAGACGGCGAAAGAGAGAAAACGAGAGAUGAAAGGAGUGCUUCGCUAAACCAACUUAAAGAAAACAUUGUAACACUAGUCUCUCCAUUUCUAAUUUUAACCCCCAACGUAGGUGCAAUAAACUGUCAAUAUCACGUUUUGGGAGGAUGUGGAUCACAUUCUUCCUACAGGGAUCGCUGCCCUUGGAAAACGGGUGGGAUUCGUCAUACAAACUGUAGUACGUCCUGGCUCGAUCUGAUGGAAAUGGAUGCAAUUUUGAAGUGAUUUAUUUUUGUGGGGCGAUCCACCAUGAUAAUUGCAUCUGAAAGUGGACCAAAAACCCUCGAUCCAGUCUCAGAUACACAUAAUGUGUGGAAAAAACACCCAUCAUACCCUUCAACGCUAUGCAAUUCAAACACACAUUGACAGUCAGUUUCAUCAAACGCUUCAAUCGAACAGUUUAUCAGCCAAACUUUUUCCGCUCCUUUACCUUUUGGAGAUCUUGCACGUGCUUUAAAUGAAAAUAGACAGUGCCGCCAUUGGCCUGCCACAUUCCUAUACCGUACAGUUUCCCCAUUCAUCCAAUUGGAAAUCUUGUUCAGAGUGUCCUUCUCAGGGCUCACAGAAAGGUGACUUUGUCCACUAUGAAGAAAAGAGCAUUAGCCUCUCUCUUUUCUCUCUCUCUCUUAGUUCAGCUCUCUGCGUCUCAGCAUUUCUGUUCAACUGUAGAUGAACUGCAUGGCAUGAAUAAAAAAAUAAAAUAAAAAAAAACAGAGAGAAAGAUGAUAGAGAUCAUGCUGAGAGGAACAAGAGGAAACUGUAGACAGGACCACUUUGUUUGCACAGUAAAAAAUGGGUGACUAUGGAUCAGUGGAUGGGGUCACUUUCUUCACCUUCACGUGGGGAACAGAAAAUACAACAAGUGCAUGAUACCUGUUGAAGGACAGAGGGGUUUUUAAGUGGACUGGGUGGACUUUGAACAAAAGCUGAAAAAAAAGAGAAAAUGGAAAAACAAAUGCAUUUUUUUUCUCACUUUGUUUACCAGCAUGACUAAACUGCAUGACUUUGCAAGCCCUGAACCCCAAAUUAGAGGGCUUGAAAUCACUAAAUGCCGAAAUCAAAUGGAAACAAUAACAUUUUAUGCUAAAUGCUUCUAAAUUAUGAAAAAAAAGAAUAUAUUUAAAAAAAGAGAGGCUCUUUAUUUUUUUUUUGAAUAAUAAAAAAAAAGAAUAAUGUAAAAAUAUAUAAGAUUGCAAGAUUCACACAGUUUUGUUGGGUAAAAGAGGAACAAACCCCACUCAGUCUAGCUGAGUGAUCUAGAACGAACUCCUUCAACUACGACUGCUCCCUCAAUGGUUUCGAAUCACACAUCUUCCCUUCUCUUUGUCCAUCAUUUCACCCUUUACUUGAACUUUCCUGGCUCUUUGCUCUGCCCUUCACAGUCUCCCUCAGUCAUGGCAGCCUCCAGCAGUGGCGCGACAGCUCCUCUGGAGACCUCCGACAGGGCUCUUUUCUUUUGAUGGUUAUGGGUCUGAAAAGCAAGGUGGAAGGGGAUUUUAAGACUGUGGGUGAAGUUGUCUUUUUAAGUUUAAUCCUGAUGGAAAGUUUUGGCUUGCUUUGUGAUGUUUGCGCUUUUUAUUUCAUCCACAUUCCACGGGUAAAUCAAAGCUUUAUCCAUCAAAAGUGAGUUUGCAUCCACUUAAUAUCAGUCUAAUGAAUAUUAGCGUUGUGUGAACUGCUGUGUCACGAGACCCUGAGCACUUACUGUACAUCGCAAAGCACUAUUAUUCAAUCAGGAAGCCAUAAUGUGAGAGUAGCGCCACCAUAUGAGCUCAAAGGUGCUCAGGAGACCGUGUUGAUUCAGAAACCUGAACAUGGUUUUGUAGUUCUUAAGUUGUGUUGAGUUUGUUGAAAAUAUUGACAUUUAUUCUGUAGUUCAUUUUCUGGUGGUACAUAGCAUUGCAAGGUUUCCACAAGAUUUUGUUAUAUUCACUUAAUAUUUGUUUUAUUUUAUAAGUUUUUAAGAUUUGCAUAUGCUGAGCACCCACUAAAACCAGCCAUGCCAUACCAAAAUGGACUUCCUUAUUAACUUAGCAGCAGACUUCUGAUAUUAGCAUCAGUAUUAGCAUUAGCCUGUGUGAGAGGAGGCCAUGAUUCCACCAGUGUCGCUUUUAACUCGUAGAUUACACGUGUGAGUAACUGUUUGACUGUUUAAAACUUUUGGUGUCUUCAACAACAUACCAAGCAUUGGUUACUUUACAAAAGUUGGUUAGUCUGGUUAGGUGUUGUUUACGUUGAUUUAAAGUGUAAUUUGCUGUCUUGAAACACCAUGACUGUGUUCAGUCAGCGCUCAUCGUUCAGAGUCAGAUGUAAGCUUAGUUUAGUAACUACCUAUGCAACACCUAAGCAAGACCUUAGCAGCUCACACACACAAACACACACACACACACACACAUGCCAUGUGCUCAGGCCAGCUGGCUGGUGUCUGUUUACCGGUGCUGUGUGUCCUGGGAGGGAAAAUGACAUAGAUGCAGCUCCAUCACCACAAGAGCCAGCAUUAUCUGCUGACCGUGUAGUUUUACUUCAUAUGUUAGCAGCUGGUCAGAGUAGCUUGAAGGUGCGACCGAUGUGUGCAGCUGUAGUAGCCAUGUCGCUUUCUUUAGUGGUGCACUAUCUUCUCGAUUAAUACAUCAGGCCUGUUUUUUGUUAUUUGCAAUGUCUUUUCUGCAUGCUUCUCAUGGUGCACGAAGACACUCAUGCACUUUUAGAGUUAACCUAUACGUUUAUAUGUAAGCAUACGCUCAUCUCAAAGGGUUUGCAGGACACCCGAAUUGUUUCAUAUGUGCUAUUCAGUUCCAGAUUGCAUUUGCUGACCGGUUAAGAUGAUGUGUACCUCUCUGUUCGUUUAUAAAUCCGAUUGGAUGGUGUUUUGGAGCAAUAAUGCUAGAGGGCCACUCUUUCCUCAUUGUCGUCAUUAGGAAUUGGAGGACAUGUUCAUCUCAUCCCUAAUAAGAAAUCCUGUGUGCCUGAAACUGUUCCCUGAAUGUGUACGCAAACCGGCCACAUCAAUUGAAGAUGCUCUCUCUGCAAAUGCUUCCCAUGAGAGUUUGUCUUGGCGUGAAUGAGACUGCAACCCCUCCAGAUGGCUGACAGCUCAACAUACCUUUACUUGAAACCCAAAUGUAAAACAUAUCAGAGAGGAGCAGAACAAAGCCAGAAUCAGUCUUCACGCUUUCUCAACUUCCUGUUUGCAUUCCACCCCCCUCAUCUGUUCCCUCUCCUUCUCUAUUUUUAAGGAAGAAGCUUUUUUUUUGCAUCCCUUGUUCUUGUGUUUUUCUAUCAUAUUGUUUGAAGUUGACUUGUUUUGCAUGCAUGGAAUACAAUGAGGACAUAACUUGUGAAUAAUUUAUGAAUGGCCAGAAUGAGGUAAUCAUCUCUUUCACCUGGGCUCUCUACUCUGCAACUUCUCUUUCUGAGAUCAUUAGAGAGGAAGAAAGAGCAUAUGUUGUUCCUGGUUUCCCUCACAUCCCUAUUUCUCCAAAAUGUAGCCAUGCCAAAUAUAAAUUAAGGCUGUACUCUAGCCAUUCCGAAAUACUCUGUGUUUUAUUUAUAUAUUUAUAUAUUGUUUUAAAGAUUAUAUUUAUCUGUAUAUAUCUGUAUUGAAUAUUCAUCAGAGCUUCCACAGACUCAGAGCUGAACAGAUGCAGCAGAUGUCGACAAAAAACAGCCUGCAGGAACUCAGUUUUCACUGCAUGUGUCUGUGCAUUUAUUCUUGUAUAGUUUGACCCAAUAUGCACUACGUGUCCUUUUCUACUUUAGUUAUUUAAUGUAGCUUGUUUAAAGGGGGGAUUCAUUGCACUAUCACAGCUAAUGGAGCGGCUGUGUCUACUGCUGAGCGCAAGCCUAACCAUACACCCCCCUAAGUUAAGAAAGAGAGAAAGAGAGAGAGAGUUAGAAAGAGAGGCCAGUGAGAAAGAGAAGGUUCCUAAAAGAAAUGGAUGAGUUCUAUGCUACUAAGAUUGAUGCUGGAUACAAUUUUAUUGUCAUACAAAAAAGGGGAAAAAAAUAUCAAGAACUGUAUAAAAUAUAUUUCAAUGGAAUGUUUAUUAUUUACCUUUUAUAUUUUUGAAAUGUAUAAAGAAAAAAAAUUAAUAAACUGUAAUAAUUUAACAGAGUUUGUGAACACUGAGACUUAAAAAUGUUAUAUUAUUAAAAGUAUGGACGUUUGAACGUGAAUGCUAACCUACCUGAUUAAAAUCUUCUCCAUUACAGAUAGGGAAAAAAUAAAAUAAAAACAAUUAGAAAAAUGAAAUCCAAUUUAAAAAGAAAAAGUUCAAUAAAAUCAAUAAAAAUGUUAAAACCUCAUGCCAAAAUUUUCAACAUGUGUCCUGUGUGAUUCUUCAA